AUGUUGCAAGUGUCAUAUGCGCCGGGCAAGCAACCCCCCUCUUCCACCACCAAAUGGUUGAAGUUCGGCAAGCAGAUCCAGAAGCGCCAGCUUGAGGUUCCCGAGUAUGCCGCAAGUUUCGUCAAUUACAAGGCUCUUAAAAAGCUGAUCAAGAAACUGUCGGCUACUCCCACGCUGAGCGCACAAAAUGAUCCUCUCCGCUCCGCAAUAUCUAUAGAUUCCCAGGCUGCUCUCCAGGCCAACAAGGCCACCUUCUUCUUCCAAUUAGAACGAGAGCUCGAGAAGGUUAAUGCCUUCUAUCUGCAGAAAGAAGCAGAGCUCAAAGUCCGGUUGAAGACCCUCCUCGACAAGAAGAAAGUCUUGCAGUCACGGCAUGGCGUUUCAAGACGAUCCGCCAAAUUUACAACCCUCGAAGAGGGAUUCCAGCAGUUCGCCAGCGAUCUGAACAAACUCCAACAGUUUGUCGAGAUUAACGGAACUGCCUUCUCCAAAAUCCUCAAAAAGUGGGACAAGACGUCAAAGUCGAAGACGAAAGAACUCUACCUCUCUAGAGCCGUAGAGGUUCAGCCCUUCUUUAACGCCACCGUCAUCAGUGAGCUCUCCGACCAGGCAACCACUAGUCUACAGGAGCUCGGGGCAUGGGCUGAAGGCGAUCAUGUCACCUUUGAGCCCCGUACCGAUCACAUCGUGAGCAGCCAACAUUUGCUUGGAACCGAUGAAGGCGACGCCGAUACUCUCCUGCUUGACACUGUCAUCUCCGGGAACCUUGAGGCGCUCAGGGAUCUGCUCGUUCGCAUGAGGACCGCCGCUGCCGGCUCGUCUAUGGGCUCUGACCUCUCUUUGAUGGAAAGGAUCACCCGGACUUUCCUUGCAGCAAUUCACGAGGCACCCAAAGAGACCCUUCAGGUCCUUCUCGACACGGGUUUGGUUGACAUUCAGUCAGAAGAUGACAUCAACGAACGUAAUUGCCUGCACCAAGCCGCCAUCUACGGAAAUAACUUUGUUCUCGAAUAUGGUCUCUCCAAAGGCGUUGCUGUUGACCGUACCGAUGUGUACGGCAGAGUCCCUCUGCACUAUGCCAGCAUGCAUGGACGCUUAGACAUGCUUGACGCUCUUACAAGCGCAAAUGCCCAAACGAUAGACCUGAUCGACCAUGAUAAUUUCACUCCGCUGGUACACUCUAUCAUUCACGGCCAUCUUAAAUGUGUAGAGCAACUACUGGCGAAGUCCGCUCGUAUUGACCCUGUAUCCGAGGCUGAUCAUGUACCGCUGAAUCUUGCAUGCGAGCAUGGUUCGCUGGCAAUCGUGGAAUUGUUGCUUAAACACGGCGCACAAAUCCUUCCUGAUGCCGAAGGCCUCUUUCCCCAACACCUUGUUGCUCGGUCCGGACAACGCCCGGAACUUUUGCUUCUGCUGAAGAAUUACGGUGCCAACCUGGACCAAAUCGAUAAGUUGUACGGAUGGACGCCCUUGGUUCAUGCUGCAAGCGAAGGCAAUGUACCCUGUUUGCAAGCCUUGUUAGAGGUUGGAGCCGACCCAAACAUUGUCGACGAGAAAGACUUACCAGCAAUGUAUUACGCGGCAUGGGAAGGUCACUUGGAGUGUAUGAGGCUUCUGGCCCCUUACAACACGAGGACGAGAGCGAGCCCGAUGAUCAUUCAAUCUGGAGGCUCAUUGGGCCCGAUGUUGACCAGCAGCGGACCCGAACCGAUGGCACUCGAUCCAGAUGCCAUACCUGAACUAGAGCUUCCACCGCCCAUUAUUCCGCUGCGUCGCUACGGCCACAACUUUCUGGACACGAAGACUGUCAUCCAAAUUAGUUUUGAGGAGAAUGGAGAUCAACCCCUGGUGUUCUUCCACGAUGGCAAAUACCCGGCCGCCCGCCUCACAAUCUCGUCCAAGGUCUCCGAUCUCAUUCCCAAGAACAUUAUGCUGCCUUUCCAAGAAGAUACCCGACUUGUUUCCUUUCAAAUUGAUAAUCUGGAGUCUUUUACUCUGGAUUUCGACGUCUUUCCCACCUACGGCGCAAAGAUUAUUGCCAAGACGGUUGCCCUCCCCAACACAUUCAAGGCGUUGCUCAGCAGCUCUGGCAAGUGCUGUUUGCCCCUCUUUGAUCCCAGACUCCGUGCCAUUGGCCAGAUCAGCUUCCAUACUCAAGUCAUCAAGCCCUUCAACGGCAAGCCUCUGGAGAUCACCGACUUUGAGACAUACUGGAAGGCAACCAGUCAAUUCGACCGCAGCCCUAGCACGUUCGUUACGGGUUCAAGCCUGUCUGGCGACUUUGUGCGGUUGUUUGUUCAACAUACUAGCGAUGGUGUGCCUGUGUUGUGGCCAAGAUGGACGAUACCAUGCGGCGGCAUUGAUUUGCCAAUCUCGAGGUUAACAAUGGAGCAAUUCAACACCAUAACCUCCAAGAGCCCAAGUCGAGCCGAACUGUCGUCCCUGCCGUCGAAACCUUUGGAUGCGAUCGCAGACGUCCAUCGCGUCUUGGCUACGGCCGGCAUUCCUCUCAAUGAGGCCUUGGCCCUCCUCCCUCAUGGAAUGCAUGUCAAUAUUCAGAUCCUCUACCCGACACCAGAAGAGGAAAGAGCACUGGGUCUUGGUCCAUCGCUAGAUCUUAAUACCUUCGUCGACUCACUGCUUACCAUCGUGUUCGAUCACGCGCGCGCUCAGAGAGCACAAUCUCUUGAGUCGGUUCGUUCCGUGGUGUUUAGCUCAUACAACCCAAGCUUAUGCACUGCACUCAACUGGAAACAACCCAACUUCCCCGUCUUUUUGUGCAAUGAUCUUGGCCGUGAGGAUGUCAUGGCGGCGCCGGACGUCAUCCAGAGCCACGGAAGGAGGUCUGCGUCUAUUAAAGAGGUUGUUAGGAUUGCGCAGAGUAACAACUUCAUGGGUUUGAUUUGCUGCUCAAGAUUAUUGGAAAUGGUGCCUGCCCUAGUCGAUGCAAUCAAAUCACACAGCUUAGCGCUUGUUACAGACAAGUCGCUAGAGCCCUCAACGAGUCACUCCCUGACGGAUCCUUUCCCGAGGUUGCCCAAGGGUGUAGACGGCGUGCUCAAAAGUCAUGGUGUUUUGCGUUUUAACGAAUCCAUAGACGUGUAG